AUGGAUGAAGAAGAAGGAUUUUUAAGGGAGAGGAGGAAGAGGGCGUCUAGUGGGGACUGAAGAAGGGAAAUAAAGUGAUAAAAGUCCAGAUACUAAUGCAGAAUUUUUCAAAAAAUAUUUCAGCGUAAUUUUAGAAACAAAUUAAUUAUCUUCAGACACGCCUAUGGAGUAGCUGAAGUAAAUAGAAAGAGCGAUCGGAGUGAGAACAGAGACUAUGUAAAUGGCGCAAUCAACCAACUUCUUAAGCAUCCCUCUGCUGUUAUAAGUCUUGAACAUGAUUCUGACGUUCUUCCAUAGUGCCAUCUCUUCAACUCUCUCUGGGUUGGAGCUCCAUUCCGGGAUAUGCUUCCAUAACUUGCUCAGGAAUUUAAUAGAUAUUAUAGCUCCAAAGGCAACAGUUGGAGAAUUUAAAAUAAUUAUCAGAGGAUUAUUUCCGAUACUCAUGGCAUAAGUAUAGAGCAGCCAGAAGUUGCCCCAGACUCUAGUAAUCACAAAGCUAAUGGUAAGGCUGAUGAAGUUUAUCUUGAACCUAUCGUCGUCUAACUCCAAGUUCAUCCUUUCAAAAGUUCUUUUUAAGACAAAUCAAAUCAUUGAUGCGUCAUUAAUAAAUAAAGCAACAGCUCCAAAUGCGUGUGUUUCAUUUCGGAUAUAUCAUCCUAACAUGGAUAGCACUGUAAAGAUGUGAUGGGCAGUCACAAAGCUGUUGAUGAUUCCAGCAUAAGCUUUGAUAAUCAAAUCAAAGGUGUACCAGGCCACUCCAAGGAUCAUUAUGUGUCUAUCUAUUUCUGUUCCUGGUCUGUUGAGCUCAAAGCCAUGAUCUUUGUAGAUCAUCGCAAACAGUCCAAUGAGUAAUACUGAGUACAAAAGAGACACCCAGUCAUGAUACUGAUAUGUCUUAGCCUUUUUACUCAUCUCAACGAGCUUUCCAUCUUCCUUUCUGAGAGGAGCAGUUAUGAAUUUGGCACUCAAGCCAACUCAACAAGUGAAGAAGGCAUAC